UGCUCGUACAGUGAGUCAUAUAGGACACGUCCUGCCCCGUUGUGUUUACUCUCUCACAGGAGCUGCGGGGAACAACAAGCGGAGCGAAGAAAGUUCGCUAAAGUGUGGAUAUUAACUCCCCGUCAAGGCUUCGCCUAAUUCAUGAGAAAAAGCGGGGGGCAUUGUCCGUUUCUUAAUGGAGCUACUUCGCUUUUCCGCUUUCUGGUGUGGAGCAAUACUCUGUGGUAGUAUUGUGCUCGAGCAGGCGGAUGCCUAUAUAAUAAAAGUAAGGAGGCUGUGCAAGUUUUGCGACGUGCAACCAACCCGCUGCACUGGUCGGGGAAGCUGCAAAGUGGAGUGUGGCAUCACAGCAAUCUGCACCCAUGACGACGAUGUGUGUGUCGCUAUUUGGAGGAAGAAGGACGAUAAUGUCACUUUUGACACCGUCUGCCACAACCCAGCUCACAAGCUGUAUGGCUUAGUCCUGGACGACUACAACAGCAGCAAGUGUGAGAUGAAAGAAAGAAAGGGCAUGGGCUCGUCGUUCUUCAUGUGCUCCUGCUCUGAGGAUGAGUGCAACGACCGUAUCAUCUUUAACGCCUACAUGGAUUCACAGGUUGCUGUCAUCCUAGUGAGCCUGGUUCCUCUCCUGAUCAUGGCGAUUGUGGUCAUUACUUCUUUCUACUGUUAUCGAGUCUACCGCCAGCGCAGAGCUAAUGCAAAACGCAAGAAACUGGACUUCAGUGAUGCUCACGCCAUUAUGGGGGACGACGAGGGUUCCGACAGCAGCUCAACGCAUGCCAACAACCUUAACCACAAUACUGAGUUGUUGCCCAUUGAACUGGAUACACAGGUGGGGAAAGGUCGCUUUGCUGAAGUUUACAAAGCCAAACUCAAGCAGGGAUCCUCCGUCAGUGACGAGCACGGUUUUGAAACUGUGGCGGUCAAGAUUUUCUCAUACGAGGAGUAUGCCUCCUGGAAGAAUGAGAAGGACAUUUUCUCGGACGCCGACUUGAGGCAUGAAAACGUGCUCCACUUCCUGACAGCAGAGGAGAGGAAGGUACAGAGACAGUACUGGCUGAUUACAGCGUACCAGCCAAGAGGCAACCUCCAAGAUUACUUGACCCAUCAUAUUAUCAGCUGGCACGACUUGUGGUUACUGGGAGGAUCGCUUGCCAGUGGACUGGCGCAUCUUCACAGUGACCACACACCAUGUGGCCGCUACAAGGUGCCUAUUGCACACAGAGACAUUAAGAGCUCCAACAUACUAGUCAAGAGUGACCUGACCUGCUGCCUGUGUGACUUUGGCCUUGCGCUCCGUCUGGACAAUUCACUGUCUGUGGAUGAGCUAGCCAAUAGUGGACAGGUGGGAACUGCAAGGUACAUGGCUCCAGAGGUCUUGGAGUCCAGGAUCAACCUGGAAAACAUUGAGUCCUUCAAACAGGCUGAUGUGUACUCCAUGGCACUUGUACUGUGGGAGAUCAUUUCCAGGUGCAGCGCUAUUGGAGAGGUGAAAGAGUAUGAGCCUCCCUUUGGAAACUUAAGGGAGCACCCAUGUGUAGAAAGCAUGAAGGACAGCGUGCUACGAGACAGAGGAAGACCUGAGAUUCCCAACAGCUGGAUCAACCACACAGGCAUCCAGGUGGUUUGUUCGUGCAUAGACGACUGCUGGGACCACGACCCAGAAGCCCGCCUGACAGCCCAGUGUGUCGCCGAGCGCUUCGACGACAUGGAGUACUUGGACAAGCUGUCCGACUGCUCCGACUCAGAAGAGAAGAUCCCCGAAGAAAUCAUUGUGGUGGACGAGAAGUAGCGCUCGACCCAAAACACACCGCCCCCUCCUGGGUGACAUGAAAGCAAACUGGAAAAAUCAGAGGUUAACUCCGAAGACCCGUGGACUAUUUGGAUCUUUCUCAUCUCAUAUACAGGCUUCCACAGACUGGAUCACAAACAAACAGGGAUAUCACAAUAUAAAGCUUUUAACCAAAUACUUUUGCACUUUAUGGUUAUCUAUGCACACUAAACGGCAUAUAUCCAGUGCCUCUUAUAUGUCAGGACAAAUACAUUUCAGGCAUGGAAAGGAAAGGAAUGCGUAUUUCAAAUAAGAGGUUUAAAUUAGAAAACAUUUCUAAUACUAAGACUGCUAAUGACACUAAUGUCCCAUGUACGUUUCAUGGUGGAACUUUAACUUAUUGUGACAUAGCAGUGACGCGUGUGUAAAGAAUUCAUGGCGAUAAUUUGUGUUUAAAAGCAACUUUGAAAACCAAAAAAGCAAAUCCGCCUGAAAGAGGGGGGGGAAAAAAAAAACGUGGUGCGUUUGUGUGUGUGUGUGUGUUACUCAGCAGUGUGAUCUACAGUAAAAAAAAAAAAAAAAAAAGAAGUCUGCUUAAUCAUUGCCAGACAUUAAAGGGGAAUAACAUACGUACAGUAUGUAAGUAGCCAACCUAAAAGUUCCGGCCUGCUGCCUGUAAAAGUUGAACUAUUGUUUUUGUUUUUGUGACAGAAACAGAGGGAGUAUACAUCCCAUGCUUAGAAAAAAGAAAUUAUACGAGUCAUUUGUUUUGUAUAAAAGAGUUAAGAUAUAAUUUAGUGUUACCAUAUAUGAAAUAUUAAGAGGUGUUAUUGAGGUUUUCAUGGGUUUGUCAGCUGGUUUGAGCAAGCCAGUGAAAGAUGGACUGUAUUCUAUAUAUAUUACACAGGCAAUGACAAAAGUAUGUUGCUUUGCUUGUAAUUUUAUAUCAGUACAGACACUAACUUUUAACCUAUAUGCCUAAACGUGGAAAAUUCACAUCCUCCGUUAUGUCAUUUCUCAUUUUGUCCAUUUUACUAGGAGUUCUCCUUGUUUACAAUAUGAAUUACCAAUUUUCUGUACAGCAGCUUCCACCAGCAGUUGAUCCUGGACUGGUCUCUUUGUUCUGCUUUCUUUAAACAUUGGCAGGAUUUGGGACCUCAGCAGUCACUAGACCACAGACAGGGGCCUAAACCAAAGACUCGUAUCACAGUUUUAAUUUCUGUGUUCUUAUCCUAUUCCGGAUUAAAUUUUUUAAUCUAUCUCCA